CUCCAGCAGCUGCAAGAGAAAGUGGAGGGAAAGCCGGACAGGCGUGCUCGAGGACACCCGUUCUCGAGGGAAAUUCUAGUUGCACUACUGCCUGCGAGUUUUAGGGAGAUAAAUCUGAUUUUCGAUGGGUCGAGCGAUCCAUCGAGGUAUGUGAGGCCAUUUGAAAACAUGUCCGUCUUGCACGGGUACUCAGAUCCGGUCAGUUGCAGGGCUUUCCUGUCGACCUUACGAGGAGGCGCACUCGACUGGUUCCACCAAUUAGCUCCCGGUUCGAUCAGAGACUUUGAGGAUUUUGCAGGACAACUUACCAAUCAAUAUUCAAGUGCGGUCGCACAGGAGAAGACGUAUUCCACACUAAUGGCGAUGCGACAAGGCGAGAAAGAGUCUCUGCGGAAAUAUGUUGCUCGAUACAAUCAGAUGUGCUUAGAGGUACCCACGGCGGGCGACGAAGUGAAGGCGGGAGGAUUGAUUAGGAGUCUGCGACCAGGACCAUGUCGAACGUCAUUCGCGAAGACGCCUGCUCGAACUUACAAUGAGGUGCUUCAAAGAUGCAAGAAGUACAUUAAUUUGGAAGAAACGAAGGCUGAGUUUGCCAAGCUUGAGGAGGUGGUGAAACCUGAGCAAGGGAAGGGAAGGCUGAGCUCGCCCAGGAGGGGGUCAUCUAGAAAGAAUUCUCCAAAAGUUGGCUCAUCUAAAAAGCUGUCGCCCAGAAGAGAGGGGCGAAAUCCGUUCCGUUGGGGGCGAGAAGAUCGCUGGCAAGGACGACCCCGGCUACCAAAUGGUCAGAGAUACAACAAUUUCACUCCUAUCAACGCCCAGGUGGGCGAA